UUUCCCAGAUCACCUGAAUCUCGUUUCUACAAAUAAUGAAGCAUAGUGAGCUUGCAAGGACAAAAUGACCUUGGAGUGUUCAACUUGAUGUUGAUACAGUACAGUGUCACCUGAAAGGACAUGAUGGACCCAGAUCUAAGUUUGAGAGAUGACAUCACUGACUAUGAAGCAGACUUCGGAGGUGACUCAAUGUAUUACAACUCAGAUCAGUACGAGACACAGGAUUACAUUUCCAGUAAUGCAGAAGACUACAACUCCAGGAGCGCAACAGACUACAACUCUGAUGUACAUCAGAGGUCUGGUUACCAAGACAACUAUGAUAUCAGUUUGGAAGACGAUGAUAUAAACGAUGACGAUUAUGCUGCUGAUGCAGAGGAUAAUGAAGAAAUACCUCAUAGACACAGAGUAUUCUAUGAUCCAGGACAUUUUCGUUACAACAGAAAGGUGUGCGUGGCUGCCAUACCAUGCCUACUGAUAUUAUUAGCAGUGUGUGGAGAAAUGUUGUUAGUCAUUGCAAGUUUUGGCGUGGCAUUACUACUUUCCAUUGACCAUGGAGGACAAAACCAAAGAACGGUUGUGAUAUUCAUGGUGCUCUUCAUACCUUGUCAUAUCCUUGUGCUGUACUCCUUCAUUCCACUUCUAUGGGUGUCCAUUAUGAGCAUGCUGUUGAUGGCUCUCAUCAAUGCUUUCGUCCUACUGACAGGGGCAUGGAUGAUCAUUCAGUUCACGAUAUUCCGCAAACAGGAAGCUGAAAUGUGUGUGGUCACAGAAAAGCUCUUGUUCUCAGCCUACCCUGGCCUGUCAGCAUGCCUUCUUACUUGGGCAGUAGCCACAGUCAUUCCUCUCAAGUUUACACCCUUUGUGCUGACAGCUAUUGGGUUCAUAUUUUUACAACUUUUCAUGACACCAACAAAUUCAUCUUUUAAACUACAACCACCAGAUGUGAAGGAUGACGAACCAAUUAAAAAUAUUGUUGACCAUUUGAUGUUGGCUGCCAUAGCUACAGUGUAUUGUUUGUUACCUACUGUAGUUCAAAUAAUGAUAGGUCUUUACCAGCUCAGCACUACUGGUAUAUUUCAUAUUUGGUUUAUGGUAGAUGUAGUGUUUCUGUUGGCUGUCUCCUUCUUCCUCACCACAUUAAUGAGUAUUCGUUCUGUUAUAGAAUCUAUAGGUAUGAACUACAGCCAUGUUAUAAAGGUACGGUGGGUCAGUGGUGCUGUAGCUACAAUCCUCUGUUAUCCUGCUCUCCUAAACCUUGGAAUCUCUUCACACUUCCUGCCUUGGCUACCAGCAGCCAUUGCCAUGUAUUCCUCUUUUGGUGCACUGCUCAGCUACAAAAAAUACAAAACAGCCGCCUCUGUAUGUUUUGGACUUGUACUGAUAUUUUCUUUGGUCUGGCCUGCCAAAUUACCAUGGAAACUCACAUUUAAUUUUUUAUUUGGCUUACCCCUGACCAGUAUAUAUAUACUCCUACUGGUCAACUCCUGUUUGUGUUUGGCCACUGCGUAUGUAGCCACUCAUGGUCGCCAGGAGAUCUUCAGUGUCCUAAUUACUCUUCAGACCUUUGUAUUUAUAAAAUGUGAGCUGGUCCUGUUCAGUGCCAACCUGUAUGGUUGGCCUUUGUUUAUUGUUACCAUGACCGCAACUUCCUACACCAUCCAGAGGUUACAAGUUUCUCGAAGGCUGCCACAGAACCUGGCCUGUUUCUGUAUGUCUGCACACAUCUCCAAGGGUCUGGCUGUCCUUCUCACAAUAUUUGUCCAGUACCAACAAAUAUCAGCAAUCAGCUGUGUCUCACUAUUCUGUUUCAUCUUCAUGGUCACACGUGUGUUUGUCAAUGAGAUGCGCCCUGAUACUCCUGUCAAAGAGAUCCUCACAAACCUGGCCUUGUUGUCCCUGUCUGUGAUGGCCAAUGUCAAACCCAUGCUCUUGAUCCUAGCCUCCUACCUGUUCCAGGAGAAUGCCAGUGGUGCUGAUGCUACAGGCAUUGGUUUCAUCAUCUGUGGUAUUUUGGUGAUUGCUGUCGGCUCCCUUCACUUGUCGGGGAAUGUCAGCAUCAGACAUAUGGGCAUUGUGGCCAUCAUGAUUGGCCUAUUUAUACUCAUGUUACAGCCAGGUGCUGAACUUACAGGGUAUUGUGUGUUCCAAUGGAUGGAGAUGGUCAGUAUCCUACUGACAGCUGUUGUCAUAGGAACAGACUUUGUUCAUAAAUUUUACCAGAUAGCUGUGUGUUCUGUAGUACUUGGUGUCUGUCCUGGAGUGAGAGCUUUACUCAUGCUUUACCAAGAAGAGGAGGAGAUUCCACUUAUGAAAGCAGCCAUGUUUGUUGUGACUUCAUUGUUCAUCACAUGUGCUAUCCUAUGUUUCUUCAAAGCCAACCAUCUUGGAUAUUCAUUUGAGCAGCACAUGAUCAGAUUGUGUGUUGUACUUAUGGUGCUGUCUCAGGUAUCCCUGAUAACAGAUCUCAUCACCAAAGAUAAAAAAGAACCAAUCCUCGCUGUCCCUGCCUGGAAGCUUUUUCUAGCAGCCAACCUCACUAUCAGUGUUUGUCUGAAGAUUCUGUCUCUACAAAAGUAUAAGGAGAUAAUACCGCUGACAACAGAUAAGGGUGAGAAGAAACAAGCUUCACUGUUACCUAUGGCUGGCAAUGCAGCUACUGUCAUGUCUUUCUUACUGAUCUGUCUGUUAGCCCCAGCAUCUGGAUUCUUACACGACGUCUGGUGCUGUGGUGCGAGUCUUGUUUUGGUAUGUCUACAAAAGGACACACAGAUACUGGUCAGUUUGAAAGAAGAGAACCAGACAGUCCCAACCAAAUUAGCUGCUAUUGUGGUGUUGUUGAUAGCUACCAUCUUCAGGACAAGGAUCUGGGAUGCUCAUGGGAUCACCAUUCUACGAUGUGUAAUGGAGAUCUGCCUGGUGCUGGCCUACCUGCCAGUCUUGUACAUAUUGUCAGGCGUGCUGUGGAAGAAUAAAGUGCUCCUAUCAGAGCAGGUGGUUGUUUUCUUGUUGCCCUUGAACCUUCCCCUGAUUCUGUAUGGAACCAGCUAUACCAGUUGGGCCAUGGCCACGACAGGGAUUGUCACCUCUCUGUGGAUGAUGUCCAACAUCCUACCACUAAAACCAUAUCAACCUCCACACAGACGUUUCAGGCACUGAUAAUGUGUCAUUAUCACACAAACAUGCGUCAUAAAAUCAAAGGUCAUAAUAAUGAGUUGAAGAUUGUGGUCUGGAAUUUAAAUCCUCUACUGGAAGCUGUCAUCGUCUUGUUGUCAGGACUCAUGGAUAUUUAAUGUAUUGUUUGAAGUAACGAAGAAUCAAAGCUUAACUUUGUCAUAUUUAAAUUCCUGAUUAACUGCAGGUUAUUAAAGACCAUUAAAAUGCUUAGAGGUCAUAAAUCUGUGGGAAGUUUUCACUUUUCAUUUAUCUGUGGGAAGUUUUCACUUUUCAUUUAUCUGUGGGAAGUUUUCACUUUUCGUUAAUCUGUGGGAAGUUUUCACUUUUCAUUAAUCUGUGGGAAGUUUUCACUUUUCAUUAAUCUGUGGGAAGUUUUCACUUUUCGUUAAUCUGUGGGAAGUUUUCACUUUUCAUUAAUCUGUGGGAAGUUUUCACUUUUCGUUAAUCUGUGGGAAGUUUUCACUUUUCAUUAAUCUGUGGGAAGUUUUCACUUUUCAUUAAUCUGUGGGAAGUUUUCACUUUUCAUUUAUCUGUGGGAAGUUUUCACUUUUCAUUAAUCUGUGGGAAGUUUUCACUUUUCAUUAAUCUGUGGGAAGUUUUCACUUUUCGUUAAUCUGUGGGAAGUUUUCACUUUUCGUUAAUCUGUGGGAAGUUUUCACUUUUCAUUAAUCUGUGGGAAGUUUUCACUUUUCGUUAAUCUGUGGGAAGUUUUCACUUUUCAUUAAUCUGUGGGAAGUUUUCACUUUUCAUUAAUCUGUGGGAAGUUUUCACUUUUCAUUAAUCUGUGGGAAGUUUUCACUUUUCGUUAAUCUGUGGGAAGUUUUCACAUUUCAUUAUUAUCAAGCAGUUUUCUUGCUGACAUUUCAUGGUGUGUCUUGCUUUUUUUUUUCAUAUCUUCUUUCAGAAACCUCAAUCAUGAAGUAACAAAACUUGUUUAUUUUUGUUGUCAGUCACUAUAAGGUACGUAGUGGAGGAACUAGAUAUGAUAGAAAUCCACAGUUUGAAGUCAUAAUUACCACUAGAAUCACCAUUUGUUAAUUGGUAUGGCACUCAUUUAAACAACUCAUCCGGAACUAAACGGUCUAGAGACAUGGUAUUUAAGUGAUAUAUAUAUACACAAGGCGAGCACUGCAGGCCCAUUUGGCCUCUUGUUGUAUGACACUCUUUUUGUUGUCAUGCCAACCCUUGGUCUGAUAAGGUAACAUGUAAAUUAGAGCUGGGCCUCUUCUGUACAAGACCUUGAAUGCUUUUUUUUUUAUUAUUUUUUGACUGUUUAUAUCUUUGAACUCUUGCCUCUUCAAGAAUUACAGACACUUGCUUAGAAAAAUUUAGAAGUCAAUAUACAAACAUGGAAUUCAAACUAAUUGUUCAUGCUUUACUUCCCAAUUCUUCAUUAAUAGCGUAAUUUGUACACCUGUUCAUGUCAAAUGUUUUUGUAAUAGCGUAAUUUAUACACCUGUACAUUUCAAUUGUUUCAGUAAAAGGGUCAUUUGUACAUUGUUCAUGUCAAUUUUUUUCAGUAAUAGGGUCAUUUCUACAUGUCAAUUGUUCCAGUAAUAGGGUUAUUUGUACACCUGUACAUGUCAGUUGUUUCAGUAAUAGGGUCAUUUGUACACCUGUACAUGUCAAUUGUUUCAGUAAUAGGGUCAUAGUAUAGCUGUAAGUGUUGCUAUCUUUAUAAAUGUUAAUGAUGUUGUUAGAAUGAUGUGUGCUCUGGUUAAGAAGUUAUCGAGGGAAUGAUUUGUCGACUCUGGUAUUGAUAACAAAUUGCCCUUUAUUAUCAGAGGUACGAGUGUUCUCUUGUCAUUAUGGUGCCUUUUAUUGAUAGUGUUUCAAGGUUAUGUGUUAAUAACAUGUUGUUUUGUAAAUGUGUCAGUGUGGCAGAUUUUCUAUUGUGAAUCAGACCUUCAGUGUGGUUUUCAGCAAUAAUUUGGUGCCGAUACUGAAACAUACUGCCUAUAACAGCUUUUUCAAAACAUAAUUGCCUUUUGAUCUGUGUAUACUGUGUAUUGUGGUGUUUUAGCUAGCGAUGAAUAAGUCACAUGCUGUGUCAGUGAAUAGCAUGCUAUUCCAGUUUUAACGUAAUCACAGAUUUUUUUUGUUAAUAAUUUUUGAAAAAACUUUUAUCCACUGCACUCGUAAUUCUCUGGAGUAGAACUUUUCUAGGUAAGUGUUUCCCAUUUUGUAUUUGCUUCCUCUUUUUAAUGCCCUUAACAUUGUUAUCAGCAGGAUGAACACCUGGAAUAUGUAACAGAUUCACUGGUCUAGUCUAAACUUGACAGUUUUAUAUUGGCCAAUUUGUGUCACACCUUUAUUGCAAUGUUGCAUUAUUAUGAAAACAGGUAAACAUUUAGCAAAAACUGUAAUGAAGAACAAGGCCAACUUGUUUUGUAAGGCGAAAGGACAGAGAUUUCACGGUUAAUGUAUCUGUACAGUGAUUUGUGACAUGAACUGGACCUAGUUGUUUCUUGAUUGUUUCUUCUCAUGAGUUUUGUCGUCAUUUUUAUGUCAUGUUAAGGGGAUGUAUUUGACAUUUUUCUAUGAAAAUAAAACACACUGAACUGCU